GUGAGGGGGAGAGAGAGCGUGUGUCAGCGUGAGGAGUGGAGGGUUUGUGGUGUCUCUCUGCAGCUUGUGACGGAUCAUUUUGACGUUCAGAAACUGAAUGUGGACAGACUUGAGGGCAGCCUGUGUCUUCAGAGCAGGGAUGUAGCUCCUGCGCCGUCACCGCUCUGUGUGAGAAGGUGGUCCUGCUUUUGGCCACCUGCAAGCGACACCUGGUAAACGAUACGGCCUCUCUGCGCAUGCGUAAUAACCUGCCAGAAAUCCCUACACCGUCUCGCCUGUCAGCCCAUAGUGUCCCAAUCUGUCCGGAGAUAGAGUCAGAGCAGCGUGGAGAGGGGUGAAGCGAAGUGGAGGAUUUCAGACCUGAGGAGCACAGUCGGACUGAGAGAGAGUGGGGAAAAAUACAUUGCAGAAAAAAAAGAGAAAAAGAAAAAAACCAAAACAUGCCGAGGUCGUUCCUGGUGAAGAGUAAACGGGCCCACAGCUACCACCAGCCCCGGUACCCGGACGAUACCUACAGUAGACUGGACACUAUUCUGGCUCACGCGUGCGCAGAGACCAAAUGUCCGGCGGAGUUUGAGUCCAACUUGGAGCCUCAGGAGGAUGCGUCCGCCGGCGCUGACAGUCUGUCCCCCGGGUCCCGGCUGCUGUCCUCGGGGUCGCUGUCCUCCAGCUCUCCGCUGAGCUGCGGAGGCAGCGUGUGUGAGCGGUCAUCCGACUGUGAUUUCUGGCGUCCCCCGUCUCCCUCCUCCUCGCCAGAUUCAGAGAAAUGCUCCACUCCGGCAGCGGAGGACGGCCACCACUUCAACAUCCCCCUCUUUCCUUACUCCUGGUCAGCAUACUCCGGCUCUGAGCUGAGGCACCUGGUUCACGGACCGUACCGCCACCACCUCCAGGGGCACAGGGAGAGCAACUCACCCGUCAGCAUCUACGGGGCAGAGGACAGCGGCACCGAGCCGCUUUACGCACAGCGGGGUCCCGUGGCCGGGUGCUACCAGAAUUAUUCUUCGGCGGCCAACCAAAUCCGCAGGAUGCGGGACGCAGGGGAGCUGUAUCUGGAUGUAAAGCAGAAGCCCCGUGGUGUGGAAAUCAAGUCUGAUUUCAGCUGCUCUAACUUCGAGUCGGAUGGAUCCUAUAAGUGCAUUAAAUGUUGCAAGGUGUUCUCCACACCUCACGGCUUGGAGGUUCAUGUGCGGCGGUCUCACAGCGGGACGCGGCCGUUUGAGUGCGGGAUUUGCGGGAAAACCUUCGGACACGCGGUGAGCCUGGAUCAGCACAGAGCGGUUCACUCGCAGGAGAGGAGCUUCAGCUGUAAAAUCUGCGGCAAAAGCUUCAAGCGCUCCUCCACACUGUCCACGCACCUGCUCAUCCACUCGGACACGCGGCCGUAUCCGUGCCAGUACUGCGGGAAGAGGUUCCACCAAAAGUCAGACAUGAAGAAACACACUUUCAUCCACACAGGUGAGAAGCCGCACAAGUGCCAGGUGUGCGGGAAGGCCUUCAGUCAGAGCUCCAACCUGAUCACGCACAGCAGGAAACACACGGGCUUCAAACCUUUCGGCUGCGACCUCUGCGGGAAAGGGUUUCAGAGGAAAGUGGACCUGAGGAGACACAAGGAGACGCAGCACGGACUGAAAUGAACAGACGCCGAUGCCUUAAAAUGAUUUCCCGCACUUUUAAUAUACUGACUAUGCAUAUGGAAGGUCGUGUUUAAUUUGAUUCUAUUUUAUUAGUGUUAAAUGUAGUUUGCCUGAGAUAUUCUGGUUGAUUUUAUGGAAAUAAAACUUUAUUUAUCGAGUGUGGUUUUAAAUUCUAAAAAGCAUGGCCUAUCAGACGCAAACACUGGUUUCCAAAGCUGAAUAUUUCCUAAUAAUUUCGUGAAUGAAUUAUCACUUUUAAAUGCCCACAUUCUUCAUUGACAGUGGAAAUUCAGCUUUUAAGUCAAUUUGUCAGAUUUAUGGUCAGAAAUUAAAUAUUAACUUUUGAAGCUCAGUUGUCAGUUUUUUUCAGUUGGGAAUUAAGGCGGCUUUGAUUUCAAUCUUUCCACAUUUGAUUGCUUGCUCAAUUAUAAGAAACCGUUUCUCAUAAUUAAGAUUUUUUUUAAGGUUUCAAUCCACA